AUGAGUUUAGACUACACUAAAGAUAGAAAAACUACUAUUACAUUUGAUGAAAAACAACUACCUGGAACACCACCAGAAAGUAUUACCACCUUAACUGAUCUUAACAACAACAACAACAACAACAAUGAUAAAUCCAAAGAUCAUGAAAUUAAACCACAAGAAUUAGCUGAUAAAUUAAGUGAUGCUCAUAGUAAUCUUUUGCCAAAAUCACAAAUCAUUAUUAUUUUACUGACAUUAGCUUUAGCUAGUAUUGUUUCAUUUAUGGAUCAAACUGGUAUUACCGUAGGAUUAUCGGAAAUUGGUAAAGAUUUAAAUGCUCAACAAUCAAUCAAUUGGGCCGGUUCAGCAUCAUUAUUGGCUAAUACGGUUUGUCAAGUAUUAUUUGGUCGUAUGAGUGAUAUUUUCGGUCGGAAAAAUGUCAUUAUGACAUGUCUUAUGAUUUUAGUCAUUGGUGAUAUUGCUUGUUCUGUUGCUCGUAACGGAAUUGAAUUUUUUGUGUUUAGAGCAUUAGCCGGUAUAGGAAAUGGAGGAGUUUCAUCAUUAUCAAUGGUUAUUCUUAGUGAUAUUGUUUCAUUAAAAGAUCGUGGGAAAUAUCAAGGUAUAUUGGGAGCUUCCGUUGGUAUAGGUAAUGCUAUUGGACCAUUUAUUAUGGGGGCUUUCAUUAAAAAAAGUAGUUGGAGAAGUUAUUAUUAUUUUUUGGCACCUUUAGGGUUUGUUGUUAAUGUCAUAUUAUAUUUUUGUCUUAAAAAUAAUAAGAAAUUAAAUGAUGUUAUAUCUCGUAAAGAAAAAUUUAUGAGUCUUGAUUAUACGGGGAUUUUGGCAGCUACUGCAAGUUUAACAUUAAUUUUAAUUCCAUUAAAUGGUGGUGGUUCAACUUAUUCUUGGGAUAGUAAUAUAGUUAUUAUUAUGUUUACCGUUGGUGGAGUAUUAUUAAUUGUAUUUUUGGGAAUUGAAUGGAAAUUUGCUAAAUUACCCAUGAUCCCAUUACGACUUUUCAAAAGUCCAUCACUUUGUUUAUUAUAUUUAGCUACUUUUUGUUUUGGUGCUACUUAUUUUAGUUUCACUUAUUAUAUGCCAUAUCAUUUCCAAAUGAUUAAAGGUAAAGAUGAAAUCGGUACUGCUAUUUUCUUAUUACCUUUGGUAUUAAUGCAAGCCCUUUCAUCGAUUAUUUGUGGUCGAAUCAUUAGUUUUACUGGUCAUUAUUUCUAUGUUGUUCAAGCGGGAUAUUUACUUUGGUUAUUAAGUGUUUGUUUAUUAAUAUUAUGGAAAAAAACUUUACCUGAUGGUAUCCAUAUUUUAAUUUUGUUUAUUAUGGGUACUGGAGUCGGAGCCGCUUUCCAACCAUCAAUGGUCGCCGUACAAGCCAAUUGUAAAAAAGCUGAAAGAGCCGUUGCUAUAUCUACAAGAAACGUAUUAAGAUCAUUAGGUGGUACCGUGGGUAUUGCUAUUGGAUCCACUAUUGUUAGUAAUUCCGUUUUAAAAGAAUUGAAACCCCUUAAUAGUUCCAAUUCAAAUUUGUCACCGGAAACAAUUAAUUAUAUUAAAGGUCAUAUUUAUGAAAAAAUCCCAUUGACAAAUUUGAAUAAUCAACAAAUUAAUGAAAUUAAAGAUAUUUAUACUGCAGCAUUAAGAAAUUAUUAUUAUUUCUUGAUCCCAUUAAUGGCUAUUUGUGUUAUUACGGCCAUGUUUGUUAAAGAUAAUGGAUUGAAAGCUUUAGAUGAACAAACUCCAAUCGAUACUAAAGAUUUCAUUGAACGCAAAAAAGAUCUUGAAUCUUCUGCUUCUUCAAUGACUGUUAAAUGUGAGAAUGUUUAA